AUGGCCGUAAUGGACAAGCAAAACCCCCCCAACUGCGGCGGCGAGGAGGACGCCAGUGACGGCGGGCUUACGUUCCUGCGUUUCGUCUGCCCUGAGGAGCAGCUGGUUUGCCCCGGGGUCCGGACCCUGGAGGGCUUUCGCCGUGUCGUUUCCAGCGCGUGGUAG